UUCGCAUCCUUUUUCUCCCGGAAGGAAGGAACCCGGAAGGAUUCGAAGGAAGGGGGCAAAGAGAGUGACGUCUAGCGCAGGUUAUAAAGACCCGCCCGCGUCUUCUCUCUCUCUCUCUCUCACUCUCUCUAUUUCUCACUGUUCCCUCACUUUCUCUCUCUUCACUUUUCCCUCACUUUCUCUCUCCUCUCUGCCAAUGGCGUCGUCGUCGGAGAUGGAGGUUUUCUUGAAGGAGUGCGAGAGAUCUGGAGACUCCGCCUACGCCGCCCUCAAAUCGAUCCUCGAGAGACUCGAGAACCCUAGCACCAGAUCCCAAGCGCGCGUUUUUCUCGCCAGCGUCCAGAAGCGAUUCGAUUCGGAGGAAUCGUCUCAGGAUUGCUUCAGGCGAUACCAUUUCCGAAUCCACGACGUCCAGCUCACUGAUUUCGAAGGCCAUCAUAAGAGAAACAAGUUGACGAUGAUGGAGAUACCUAGCAUUUUCAUACCAGAAGAUUGGUCUUUCACUUUCUAUGAAGGAAUAAAUAGGCAUCCUGCUUCUAUCUUCAAGGACAAGACAGUUGUCGAGCUCGGUUGUGGAAAUGGAUGGAUAUCAAUUGCUCUUGCUGAUAAGUGGUCCCCUUUAAAGGUGUAUGGGCUUGAUAUAAACCCAAGAGCUGUCAAAGUCGCAUGGAUGAAUUUGUUUUUAAAUGCUUUGGAUGAGAAUGGGUCUCCUAACUUUGAUGAAGAAAAGAAAACUUUGCUUGAUAGGGUGGAGUUUUAUGAAUCAGAUCUUCUAGCAUAUUGUAGAGACCAUAAUAUCCAACUUGAUCGAAUUGUUGGAUGCAUACCGCAGAUUCUCAAUCCAAAUCCAGAAGCCAUGUCAAAACUGGUGACUGAAAAUGCUAGUGAAGAAUUCUUGUAUUCCCUCAGUAAUUACUGUGCUCUUCAGGGUUUCGUGGAGGAUCAAUUUGGUUUAGGUCUUAUAGCUAGAGCAGUUGAGGAAGGAAUUUCCGUCAUAAAACCCACGGGAAUUAUGGUUUUCAAUAUGGGAGGUCGUCCAGGGCAAGCUGUUUGUAAGAGACUGUUUGAACGUCGUGGUUUUCGCAUCACGAAGCCUUGGCAGACAAAGAUUCUCCAGGCUGCAGAUACAGAUAUAUCAGCAUUGGUUGAAAUUGAAAAGAACAGCCGUCAUCGGUUUGAAUUCUUUAUGGGGCUUGUUGGUGAUCAGCCAAUUUGUGCCCGUACUGCCUGGGCAUAUAUAAAAGCUGGAGGCAAUGUUUCACAUUCAUUAUCAGUGUACAGUUGUCAACUCCGUCAGCCGAAUCAGGUGAAGAUAAUAUUUGAUUUUCUUAAAAAUGGUUUCCAAGAUGUCAGCAGCUCAUUGGAUUUGUCGUUUGAUGAUGAUUCUGUUGCUGAUGAAAAGAUUCCAUUUCUAGCUUAUCUUGCCAGUGUAUUGAAAGAGAACUCAUCAUUUCCCUAUGAGCCUCCUGCUGGAAGUAUGCUCUUCCGUAAACUUAUUGCUGGCUUUAUGAAGAGUUAUCACCAUAUUCCACUUGAUACCAAUAAUGUUACAGUGUUUCCCUCACGUGCUGUCGCAAUUGAAAAUGCUCUUCGAUUGUGCUCACCACGACUUGCCAUUGUUGACGAACAUCUGACAAGAUACUUGCCUAAGCAUUGGCUGACAUCCUUGGCUAUCGAGAACGUUGCAAGUGAUGAGAACACAGAAGAUUCCAUCACCGUAAUUGAGGCUCCCCGCCAGUCAGAUCUGAUGAUCGAGUUGAUAAAGAAACUCAAGCCACAAGUGGUAAUUACAGGAAUGGCACAUUUUGAGGCUAUUACAAGCUCAGCUUUUGAAAAUCUAUUGCAUACAACCAGAGAUAUUGGCUCCCGUCUCUUUCUAGACAUCUCAGAUCAUCUUGAAUUGUCGAGUCUUCCUAGUUCUAAUGGAGUCCUGAAAUACCUUUCUGGAAAUGCUCUACCCUCCCAUGCAGCUAUCUUAUGUGGUCUAAUAAAAAACAAGGUUUAUUCUGAUUUGGAGGUAGCCUUUGUCAUUUCGGAGGAAGAGACCGUCUCUAAAGCACUGUCAAAGGUUGUAGAGUUACUUGAAGGCCACACAGCUUUGUUUAGUCAAUACUAUUAUGGCUGUCUCUUCCAUGAGCUUUUGGCAUUUCAGAUUUCUGGUCGUCGUCCUCCUGCACAGAGAGGAAGUGCAUUUGCAGAUUCCCCCGAUAGCACAAAUCUCAGAAGUUCUGCUAUUUCUACCUUAAACGAUGUGGAGCUUUCGAUAAGUGAAUCAAAGGAUUCAGCCAUUAUCCACAUGGAUGUAGAUCAGAACUUUCUACCCAUUCCUUCAGCUGUUAAAGCUUCCAUUUUUGAAAGUUUUGCAAGACAGAACAUGGCGGAGUCUGAAACUGAUGUUCGAUUGGGACUCCACCAACUACUCAAGAGUAACUAUGGUUUCCUAACUGAUUCCUCGUCAGACUUUAUCUACGGAAGCUCUCCCGUUGCACUGUUCAAUAAGCUAGUUCUUUGUUGUAUUCAGGAGAGAGGGACUUUGCUCUUUCCUUCGGGAGCAAAUGGGAACUAUGUAUCUGCAGCUAAGUUUAUGAAAGCAAAGACAGUCACUAUUACAACCCAGUUAGAAACAGGUUAUAAGAUUGUAGCAAAGACACUUGAGAGCCUGCUUAAUAACGUAAGCAGGCCAUGGGUGUACAUAGCUGGCCCCACGAUUAAUCCAACGGGUUUGCUCUACAGCAAUAAAGAGAUUCGGGAGAUACUAUCUGUGUGUGCUCGAUUUGGUGCAAGAGUGGUGCUUGACACUUCUUUCUCUGGCUUGGAGUUCAGGACUGAGGAUUGGACUGGAUGGGAUCUGCAAUCCAGUAUUUCCGAGUUGAAGUCACUAAAUUCUUCUUUCUGUGUGUCUCUUCUCGGAGGUUCAUCAUUUGAGAUUCUAACUGGAAGCCAAGAAUUUGGCUUUUUGGUUCUGAAUGAACCUCAGUUGACUGAUCUAUUUUACAGUUUCUCGAGCUUCUGCAGGCCACACAACACAGUUAAAUAUGCUGUAAAGAAAUUGUUGGGUCUUAGAGAGCAAAGGGAUGAGCACUUCCUAGCAGACAUUGCCAAACAGAAGCGGAUUCUUAAGAGUCAAUCUAAACAGCUUUCAGAGACACUGAAGAGCUGUGGUUGGGACGUAAUUGAGUGCCAUGGUGGCAGUUCCAUGGUGGCAAGACCAUCAGCCUAUCUCGGGAAAAGAUUAAAAAUAGAAGCCUAUGAAACCAAGCUCAGUUCAUCGACCAUUAGAGAAGCUAUUUUCAGGACCACUGGAUUGUGCAUCAACAGUGAAUCAUGGACUGGAAUACCUGACUACUGUCGCUUCACCAUAGCUCUCGACUCUGCUGAAUUUGAAAAGGCGCUGAAGUGCAUUAGGCAAUUUAAGGAGUUAGUUCUUAAAGGAUGAAGUUUUUGAUACUGUGAUUUCCGCCGAUCUCUUUUGUGACAACUUAGAUGUUGCAGAAAUAAAUGAGUUAAACAAAAGGUUUCUAGCUGCCCAUGGAACAUAUUUGUGUUUAACACGUGUGGGCAUAUAUGUUUCUACCAUCCUUUUUUUUUAAUGUUAUUCAAGUACAUUCACUUUAUUAUAAGACUUCAUGUAGUUGCAUUUUCCAGGUUUCCAGUCAUUCUUUGAUUAAA